UUGCCCUUCUCCAUUCACCUUUGCAGUGCUCUGCAUCUGUAUCAGUGCUUUCCCUUUCUUACCUGCGGAUGUCUACCUCGUAGCCCCCUGUAGCUUCAAUAUGCUUCCCUUUGUCUUGCUGGUCGUCGUUCUCUCCAUCCUCGAACAGUCUCUCGCUUCCAGAGGGACUUUGCAGCGGAUUCGCCCACCGAAAAACCCCCGCUUCCCCGCUCGCCAAAUACUUCAAGGUUUCGAGAAUGGUAUAGGUUCCGAGAACUCAACGACGUACAAUUCGGCCAUAGUACCACUGACCCUCUCGAGCGACCAGCAGUCAUACUACACUGUUAUCCAAGCGGGGAACAUUAGCUUUCGUGUCGCACUAGACACGGCAUCUGCAGACCUAUGGCUUGUUUCUUCUGCUUGCACCAGCGGCCCUUGCACUUCUGUACCCAAGUAUCAACUCGGCUACCAAAGCCCAUCGUUCACUACCGUCAACCUCAACCAGACAGUAUUCAAUACCAGUUUCGCAGAUGGAACUACUGCUUCGGGCUUUGUUGCGCUUGAGACGGUACAACUAGCCAACUUGACGGUCCCAGAUCAGGCUUUUGGCGUCGUCACGUCGACAAAUGUCACCAACGGUGAUCAAGUCAGUGGCAUUCUAGGACUCGGGUUUCCACGGCUGUCACAGAUAUUCAACUCGGGCUUAGGAAAUGCUACGCCAUUCUUUUCCACAAUGGCGCAACGAGGACAGUUGGACUACCCGCUAUUCGGUCUCAGCCUCACGCGAAACUCGUCAGGAACACUUGCACUUGGGGCUAUUGACGGCUCCGUGGUCGGGAACGCGAGCCUGAUCGAAUGGAACGAGGUCGUGCCAUUCGCACCGUUUGCCACGGAGAGCAACACAUCCACUUACUUGCAGUGGACCAUUCAGCUCUCUGGAAUCUCGGUUGGCGGUACGACCGUGGCACCUCUCCCAACUUACGCUGCCGCUACAAAUGGGUUCUCCUUGGCGCUAUUGGAUGUAGGCACGAGUGGGAUAUUUGGCCCAUAUCAAGAUGUGGAACGGAUGUUUUCGCUAAUUGAAGGAAGCCGUCUCGUGGACACCUCUGGACAAUGGGCUGUUCCAUGUGACAGCAACUCAACUAUAGCAUUCAAGUUUGCUCAACAGAGUUAUGUGCUUCAGCCUACAGAUUAUCUGAUUGGCCCUGCAGCUGGUGAUCCGAACCUAUGUCUGAGCUGGCCGCGCGCGCAACCUCCGAGCUCGGACGGAAUUGACUGGCAGUUAGGUGCAACGUUCUUGCGCACAGUCUAUUCGAUCUUCAGCCUUGGCAUCGACAGAAAAGAACCUCCUAUGGUUGGCUUCUAUCCGCUUCGCAACGCUAGUGCACCACCCGAGACACCGGACGUCAUCUCAUCCUUCUUCUCUUCCGUCUCCGCGACCAUCGCGACUACACUGCCUAACUUUGUUCUCCCUACGCCUUCCUUCACCACGCCUCCGUACGCCUUCAACACCUCGUUCUCGGCUCCCGCAGGCAAAAUUGUUUCAUCUGGUUUGGCUACGAGCACGUAUAGUGCUGCAUUGGGCACACAUCAUUUGAACGUUUCAGCGAUUCCGACGGUGUCGCCCUCACCGACAUUGGCGACCUUCAUUUUGACGGACGCUGCAGGGCAUGUGUCAACUUCAAUAUCCACUGCGGUAUUACCUUCUGUAACUCUAGGGGCGCCUCCGGGUUGGUCGAACGGUGCUCCCAGUAUACGGAUAAGAUCGGACUUAGCUUGGUGUACUACUCUGUCUUCUGUUUUGAUGUUCUUGUUGAUGGUCUGGUGACCAGGACUUCAUAAAUUAUUGUAAUCGUAAACAUCUUUCUUCCUUGCAGACAAUCGUUCCCCAUUACUGUCUUUUUGAUAGGACUUUGUGUAUGUGUACAAGCUAUUAGCUUUGUUUUGUUUUGUUUGAUACGUUCAAUACUAGUGAUGGAAAUUGAAAAUAUGUGCAUGAGU